AUGUUUACCAACACUCUUCGAACGUCCUCAUUCCCCACACGUCCUACCUCGAUUCUUGACCCCAACAAUCUACAACCAAUGUCAAAGACUGUGCAUUUCGCACCCUACCCCACUAUUAUGGAUAGCCCUGAAAGCGUCACCUCUGAUGAUGAUUCAAGUUCUCAAGAAGACAUUCCAUGCUCGCCUGUGAUUCCUGGACGACGAACCAAGCAGGAGCUUGAUGCUAUGAUUGAGAAUCUUUUUGGGACAGAUGCUGCAACCACAACCAACAUCACCACCACCAACGAGGAGAAGAAAAAGGAGAAGGGACAUGAGCAAGGCAUUGCAAGUAGUAACCACAACAAGGGAUACAUCAACAACAAGAGCAAGCGAAAGUGGGAUGAUACCAAGGAUAUCAAGGCACCAAACGACGAGGCUACCAUCAAGAAAAAGGGAAUCUUGGCGAAGAAAUCAACCAGUAUUCAACCUGCUAUGAAGCCAGCACGUCGUGUAUCACCCGCAGACCUCGAGAAAAGAGAAGUUGCUGUCUGGACUGGUUAUGUUGAAUUAUCGCGAAGGAUCAGGUUCCAGGCAACAGCGCGUCAAAUUGGAGGAAGGAAAUUGAGUAUGAGCGAAUGGAGUCAUGUUUUGUCGCCUACAUUAUGGGUUGAAGGACGCAUUCACGUGGAUGUUGUUGAUGACUAUGUGACCAAAAUACAACAUACACCUGCAGCAAGACAUGAGAUCGUAUUGGUGCUCUUUGAACCCACUCAAGCAACGACCGACAAUGGACAUGAAGCGGACACUUUGAAGGAAUACCUUGAUUCCAGGCGACGUUUGGGUGUCAUUGGCCACAACAUGACCAGCGUAAAGGACUUUUAUUUGAUGCCACUUUCAGAGUAUCAGCAGCUACCUGAUUUUUUGUAUGUGGUGCGUAUGGAUGAAGUGGAUAUCAAACGUCAAGGAAAUGUAUACAUUGGGAUUAUUGUGAUUCAGAAACCUGCACCCUUACCAUUACCCUUACCAUCAUCAUCAUCAUCAUCAUUACAUCGAUCACCACCUAGUAGUAGCCAAGCGUGA